GUUUCCCGCUGUUGUUUCUGUUGGCGCCCUAGCUCGUAGGAGAUGCGUCGGCCACCUUAGCCGAGGAACCUAAGUGAGGUUUGGAGAUACGAACGCAGUUUGGAGCCGUGGGCUGAGCUGCUGUCUCAGGAAGAUCAUGGGCUCCACUAAGCCCUGGGGAGAGUGGUUCCUGAACCUGAGGGUGCCCCCAGCCGGAGUGUUUGGCGUGGCCUUCCUCGCCCGAGUCGCCCUGGUUUUCUAUGGGGUCUUUCAGGACCGGACCUUGCUCGUGAGGUAUACAGACAUAGACUACCACGUGUUCACCGAUGCCGCGCGUUUCGUCACCGAAGGGCGCUCCCCUUAUCUGAGGGCGACCUAUCGUUACACCCCGUUGCUGGGUUGGCUCCUCACUCCCAACAUCUAUCUCAGCGAACUCUUUGGAAAGUUUCUCUUCAUCAGCUGUGACCUCCUCACCGCUUUCCUCUUAUACCGUCUGCUGCUUCUGAAGGGGCUGGGGCGCCGACAGGCGUGUGGCUACUGUGUCUUUUGGCUUCUUAACCCUCUGCCUAUGGCAGUAUCCAGCCGAGGCAAUGCGGACUCCAUUGUCGCCUCCCUGGUGCUUAUGGCUCUGUAUUUAAUAGAGAGACGACUCAUCGCAUGUGCCGCUGUAGUCUAUGGUUUCGCGGUGCAUAUGAAGAUGUAUCCAGUGACCUAUAUCCUCCCCAUAGCUCUCCACUUACUGCCAGAACGCAACAAUGAUGAAGGCCUUCGUGAAUCCCGGUAUUCUUUCCAGGCUCGUUUGUACGAAUUCUUGAAGAGGCUGUGUAAUCGGACAGUGUUGCUGUUUGUAGCAGUUGCUGGACUCACAUUUUUUUCGCUGAGCUUUGGUUUUUACUAUAAAUAUGGUUGGGAAUUUUUGGAGCACACCUACCUUUAUCACCUGACUAGGCGAGAUAUCCGUCAUAACUUUUCUCCGUACUUCUACAUGCUGUAUUUGACGGCAGAGAGCAAGUGGAGUUUUUCUUUGGGCAUUGCCGCAUUCUUGCCACAGUUCAUCUUGCUUUCAGCAGUGUCUUUCGCCUAUUACAGAGACCUUGCCUUUUGUUGUUUUCUUCAUACGUCCAUUUUUGUGACUUUUAACAAAGUCUGCACCUCCCAGUACUUUCUUUGGUAUCUCUGCCUUCUGCCCCUUGUGAUGCCACUUGUGAGGAUACCCUGGAAAAGAGCUGUCGUCCUCCUAAUGUUAUGGUUUAUAGGGCAAGCCUUAUGGCUGGCUCCAGCCUACGUUCUUGAGUUUCAAGGAAAGAAUACCUUUCUGUUUAUUUGGUUAGCUGGUUUGUUCUUCCUUCUUAUCAACUGUUCCAUCCUGAUUCAGAUUAUUUCCCAUUACAAGGAGGAAACCUUGAGAGAGAGAAUCAAAUAUGACUAAUAUGUGUUCUGCAUCUUCUGCCACUCAUGUUACAUUCUGACUUCUGUAUGGACCAGAAAAGAGCUUUGGAAAAAUUUUUUUUGAACAUUCUAAGCACUCUAGUGAAAGUUCCAUUGUUCCAACAGAAAUUAAAACCAGUAUUGCCUUAUAUAUAAAGAGAACUCAGGAAUUGAGGUCCACCCUAUAGAAAAUCUUAGGACUCAUUUACUUGGAACACAAUGGGAGUUAAAGGUUACUUGUUUGAAAAUAGAAGGGAAAUGAAACUAUCAGAUGCUUAAAGUUCUUGUAGAAAAGUAGAGGAAUAUAGUUAAGAGACAGGUCUAAGCCAGUAUUUGUUCCAAGUGUACUAUGCCACUGUCAUAAGCUGUGUCUUAUCUUCAACCCCCAACUUUUUCUUUUCGAAGCUUUUCUGACUGCUGUGAAAAUUCACAAAAGUAUUCCAAAAGUGCAGCUUUUUUUUUUUUUUUUUUUUUUUUUUUUAAGACAUAAGGCAUUAAAUAAUACUACCAUGCUUAGUUAGGAAAAUUUUAAAAUUUUAUGUUAAAUGUUGGGGUUUAGAAGAUAAGUAACCCAACACAUUUUGUAAUCAUGUUUCAUGUAUUUGUUUUAUAAUUUAGUUAUAACUUGUUUUAUAUCUAGAAGUGUUAGAUUACUGUUUGGUUUUAUACAAAAAGGAUUAAAUUUAAAUUCACCCAUCUUUAAACUUGAGUGAUCACAUUUUUAAAAAAUACCCUUUUGCUUUUGGUUUGCGGUCCUUAAACACACAAACUAUUAGGACAUUUUAGUAUACUUUUAUCCCUUUAACUAAUUUCAACUUUUUGAUUGCUAAAAAGAUUUUUCACUCAUAUUUUAAGUUAAAUAAGUGUUGGCUAUACUGUUAAAAAAAAAAAAAAAAGUUAAAUUGUUAGUAAGGCAUUCCCCAGCUUGUAAAUACCCCACUUAUGAAGGGUCCAUAAUGGAAAUGGAAAACUUUGAGGGAGACUCCUGGAGAGUAAGCAGUGUCCCAAGGAAUAUCCUACUAGACCAGGAAAAUCAGGAAAACAAGGCUUUGAAGGGCAGAGAUGUCUCUCUUAUCACUGUAUUUCCAGGGGAAAGUGCUUUCUGAAUUGUUUGAACAAGCAUCCUAGAAAAAAAAAAAAUAGCCCAUCUAGGUUUUGGACUUCCUAACAUUCUCAAUAUGAGCAUGAUUUAGUGAUUGUGGUUUUAAAAGAUCAGUAAUUUAACAAAUUGUUUUUUACAAUCAAAAAU